UCGUCGGAAGCCCAGCAGAAACGCAACCCAAUCAGUUCUCCCUCCGAGCGGGCAUCGCAUUCAUUCAUUCAAAUUAGAAAUUCACAAAAGUCGUCAGUCCCAAUAUGUCGCCAAACAGCAGCUCAGAGAAGCCGGUGAAUCCCAAUGAACACCUGGACAUACCAAAGUGGGUGAAUGAGGAAUACUUCCUGCCGAUCCUCGAAAAGGAUGUGAACGGCUUCGACAAGAUCGUCAGCUUCACACCCAUUGCAGCCACAGCUCCAGGGGAAAACUAUACUUCCGUGAUGAUCCGGGUGCACAUCGAUGCACUGCUGAAGGACGGCAGCAGGCAGAAAAUUUCCUAUAUCUUGAAGACCAUGCUGGAGUCCAGCGAGGGCGCGGAUGCCGUCAAUGCCAUGGGUCUCUUCCCCAAGGAAAAGCAAAUGUACGAAGUGCACAUACCCCAGUUUUUACAGCUCUACAAGGAGGCGGGAGUGGACAUUGAACUGGCGCCAAAGUGUCUGCUCGUCGAUCAGACGGCAGAGGCCAUCAGCCUGGUUUUUGAGGAUCUAAGCCGGCAGAAGUUCGUGAACUGCGAUCGUCUCACAGGCUUCGACAUGGAGCAUAUGCGUUGUGUACUCCGCAAGUUGGCCGAAUUCCAUGCCGCUUCGGUGCUGGUCCAUGACCUAAACGGCCCCUACGACGAGCUGUAUACCAAAUCCAUGUACAAUGAGGAGAGUCGUCCCCUAUUCGAGAAAAUGGGUGAGCUGCGUCAGGCGCAGUACAUCGCCGCCAUGCGCCAGUGGGGCCUUGAAGAUGUUGAGAAAUACAUUGAAAAGUACUGGGCUGCCGAUGAGUUUUUCGACCUGGCGCUGAGUGUGAAUGCGGUGGAUGAGAGCGACUUCAAUGUGCUGAACCAUGGUGACUGCUGGUCCAACAAUAUCAUGUUUAACUACAAGGAGAACGGGCAGGUGGACAGGACCAUCUUUGUGGACCUGCAGAUUGGAAAAUGGGGCUCUCCAGCACAGGAUCUUUGGUACUUGAUCUGCACAUCCGCCCAUCUGGACAUCAAGAUCAAGGAAUUCGAUCAUUUCAUUCAGAUCUAUCACGAACGCCUGGCAGAGUGCCUGAAGCUCUUAAAUUACUCAAAGCCCAUUCCCUUAUUGAGGGAUCUUCAUAUAAUGAUGCUAAAAUAUGGCUUCUGGGGACCCCUAACCGCCAACGGUGUAAUGGUGGCCACCCUGAUGCCCUCCGAUAAGGAUUCGAAUAUCAAUACCAUGAUGGAUCCCGGCCCAAAGGGCGAUGCCAUGCGUCUGAAAACAUUCACCAAUGUCUACUAUGUGGAGGCCAUGAAGCUAUUACUUCCAUUCCUCAAAUUGAAGGGACUUUUGAAGGACUAGUAUGUUUCUUUCUUGUUAGAGUUUAUACCUGAUAUAUUGUGAUAUUAUAUAGUAUCAUAGAAAUGUGCAAUAAAUAAGAAAUUCUAUUUAACUUAA